UAAAUAGACAAGUUACUUAAAUUACAUUGUGCUCGUGCCAUUGAGAUUUCGUCAAUUGGUGCACUAAGACGCACUCGAAGAUAAUAUUCACUUUGAACAAACAUUUUGUACCGGUGUAUAAUACUGUCGGCGGGUAAUCGACAGAUUACGCGAAGUAUGAGUCCUGGGAGGCAAUGGACCCCUCUCAAGAAAGUGGGCAUCAUUGGUGUUCCUUUCGAGAAGGGCCAAAAAAAGUACGGAGUGAGCAUCGCCCCCGCUGCCAUGCGAUCAGCUGGUCUUGUUUCGCACCUCAAAGAAAUUGAUGGCCUAGACGUUCAAGACUACGGGGACAUUGAAACUUUAUCCAGCAAUGAUCCCAACUUGGUUGAGAAUAUGACUAAUUUGGCUCUAGUAUCAUCAUGUGACAAGAAGCUAUCUGAACGAGUCGCCCAGGUAUUGAAAGAUGGCCGCAUAGCUGUCACCAUUGGCGGUGAUCACUCCAUAGGAGUUGGAACCGUAGACGGUCACUAUUCUGUGAAUGAGGACAUGAUCCUGAUCUGGGUUGAUGCGCAUGCAGACAUCAAUACCAACAGAACUUCAGGCUCCGGCUCCGUACACGGCAUGCCCGUGGCUUUACUGGUCAAAGAGAUGGCAGACUAUUGGCCCUACCUACCAACUAUGGAUUGGCAAGUACCAAAGUUUUCUAUCAAAAACCUUGGUUACGUUGGAUUGCGUUCGGUGGACCAUUAUGAAAGGUUGGCUAUAGAGAAGUAUCAUGUUCCUGCUUUCGCUAUGGAGGAUAUUGAAGAACACGGCAUAAGGAACUCCAUAAAUCACAUUCUGCAAGUCUUGGACCCUGAGCAGAACAAACCAAUCCACGUGAGUUUCGACAUCGACUCGCUCGACGCGUUGGAAGCACCCAGCACUGGCACCCCGGUUCGAGGGGGCCUUACACUCAGAGAGGCGCUUACUUUAAUGGAAAUCAUCCAUGCGACUGGUCGUCUCCGGGCUAUAGAUCUCGUCGAGAUUAACCCAGCACUGGGCGACGACUCCGACCGCCGGCGCACCAUAGAAGCUGGCCUCUGCGUGCUUCGAGCAGGAUUAGGUUUCUCCAGGAGGGGCUUGGCCCGACGAGGUGUCCUAGAUCUGCCGAUACAAACCUUCCACAAAAAUAAACCAGAAAAAUAAUCUUUCCUAGUAUAAGAUUUUGAAUAAGUUACAUAAGUGUAUAUGUAUAGUUUAUCUUCUCAUUUUUUUAGACAAUUAUGGGUAAGAACAUGGAAAAGUAUACGUGAAUAAGUCGAUCACAGGUCGCUUGGAGCACAUCUGCGCCACAGGUGAUUAGCGCGUUGGAGCACACAUGUGCCACAGCAACUGAGAGGUUAAUAUACUUACAAGUAGAUAUCGAAGUUAGGUAUUUUUAUUACAGUCAUCCAUACUUUGUGACUUUGACCAACCAUAAAUAAAAUCGAUUUAAGUUUCUUUUUUUUA